UCUCUCUCCGCUAAAAUGGUGGCAAACGUGCUCGAAGUCAGUGUGUUUAUGCCUGAUUAUUGUUAGUGCGUUACAAUUUUUCUUGACGUGUUACAGUGUUAAAACUGUUUCAAUUGAAGGUUCUUAUAAUACUUAAUGUCAUAGUAUGUUAAUGGUAUGUGGAAUAACUUUAAUUCUCCCAUAGUUUGAGGGAGAGACUGGAGGUGCUAGGAGGUGACCUCAGUGGGAUCUGGGGAACAGGUCACCACAAUGCGGGCCAGGCCCAGCUCUAGUUCGCGAUCCGGCAAAUCAAGCCGCACAAAUGGAAAGUCCCACAGCUCUGGUUCAAGGAUCAACAGAAACAAAAGUACUGACAAGAAGAACCUGCCUGACUUGUCAGUGCUGCGACAGCCGGUUGUGACCAGCGUGAAUGGACUAAGACAGGCAGUGAAGGUGUUUGAAACUGGCACUCCAGAGGUGCUGGAUCUAUUGAGCUACGAUUGUGAUGUGGUUUACGAAUGCAAAGUUUGCCGCAACUUGUUCCGCAGUUUGGCCAACUUCAUCUCACACAAGAGAGUGUACUGUACGCAGAGGUACAGUCAGUCCCAAGACCUGCAGCGGGCCAACAAACAGGGCGAUGAUGCAAAUAUCAUCAUCGGUGAGAAGCCCGCGGAAAAGCUGCCGACAAGGAUCACAGCUCGGAGAGACCUAACAUCCAUUGUGGAGGCGCUCGGUGGUCAGAAGACGAGCUCGGAAGUGAACGGCCUCAAUCCCACGGUACACCUAGAGCCGAUGGAGAACACAUCUUACGGAGUCUUCCAGACUGUACUGAAGAAAGCUGAUGGACAGGACCUUAUGAGGAACCAGGUUCAGGAGCUACAAAACUUGCUUUCCAAAAAUGAAGUAGUUCUUGGGCCUGAUGGACGUGUUUUACAAAAUGGGCUUUCAGAUUUGCACCAAGCAGAGGUGGAACAGGAUCAGGGAAGUGAUCUCAUGUGUACAGAUUGUAACAUCAAGUUUUCUAAUCGCAAAACAUUGACAAAACACAAGAGACACUUCCAUGAACUAAUCAGAAUAAGUUAUUCUUGCCCUUGCUGCAAGAACUAUUUCGCAAAUCCCUGGGGUGUUUACAGACAUUUGUACAAAGUCCACAGAAAGACGAGUGAGCAAGUAAGAAGACUUCGAUCUCAGAUACACAAAAAAGAGUUUAAAAUUGAAAAACCUGCCAUUGCUACAAAUAAUGGAAGUAAAAAGUCUGCCUCCCCGAACAGUAAAAAGAAGGCUGAGCAGGAGCAACAGCAAAAGGUUCUUCAGCACAAUAAGGAAUGGAUUGGUCACUUUGAGGAUGACUUGCGAUGUGGUGGCUGUGCCAGGAAGUUUGAACGCAAGGCUGCGCUCAUCUCACAUUCACAGAUAUGUCAGAAGAGGAUAGCGGCAUGCAACAGGGUGGAGCCAAGCCAGGCAGUCGUGCACAACCCCGUGUGUGCAGUGGUAGCACUCAGCCCGCUGCCCUGCUCCAAGAAACCGAUGCCCAAACCAUCACCGGAGAAGAAAAUUGGCAUUCAAGUGAGGAUGAACUACUGCAAGAGCCCGUCUCAGGGUGGCCGAGCGCUGAGGUCCAUCACAGGACAUGACAGUGAUGUGGAGACGCCCAGUGUCAGUGGCAAAGACUCCAUGUACAAUCAACCUAACAACUCAGACAGUUCCGUGUUGGAGCAGUUCCUGAAAACCGCGAGCAACUGCGGAUCUCCAGAGGGAAUAGAGAAAGUGAGCUCCUAUCUGUCCAAUACACUGGAUAAAGUCGGCAGUUACGAAAUAUCCACUUGCAAAAGGUCGACUUUCCUCAGAGGUAAUGUGGGGAAAAACAAGAGUCUUGAGGCUAAGUGUCUUCAGCUAAGAUCGACCCUGGAGAACGGUUUCUCUGAGAGGUUAAAGGGAAAAGAUAAAGAGGCUGAAAACACUGUUUACUUUGACGGGAAUGUGGACAACACGUCAGAGAGUAAUACCUCAGCCGUCAGUAGCUUGAGUAGCCAACUGACACCUCUAGCCGACAAGACAUAUAUAGAGGUGGAACAGUCAAUUGAGAUCAAAAACAUAAAUAUUUCUAGAUCUUUAGACACUCCAAGCGCAGAAGCAGACUCCACUUGUGUGACCAACGGUGGUUUGCACAUGACCUACCGCACGUACACAGGGAACAUCAAGUUCUCACCUACCAAAGAAGUUACUUGUGAAGAAGUAUCAGCUGAGUCUGACUAUCUACACGACAACGAAGUUUCUGUGAAUCUAAAACCAAUCUCGUUGAAACAAGAAAUCAAGAAAUGGAGCCCAGGAAGGGAAUUUGAAAACACAAUAUCGAUAUUGACAAGAAAUCAGUUGAAAGCCAUUUGUAAGGAUGACAUGUUACCAGUAAAAGUCGAGAAAAAAGUGUCCCCGAGUACUGAUGCUGAGAAAAAAGUAUCCCCGAGUCCUGAUGCUAAGAAAAAAGAAAAGGAUGUGGAUGUUGAAACUUUAUCCAGAGAAAUGCUUAAAAGGUUAAACAAAUAUGUCGAUUGGAGUAAGAACAAAUGCCACUUGUGUAAUAAAGUAUUUAGGCAUGCGACUACGAGCAACAUUCUUAGGCAUGUACGCCUACACACUAAUUGGAAGAGGUACGAAUGCCUUUUCAAAAGUUGUACAUUCCAAGCAUUUCAGAAAAGUGAGCUAAUGUGUCAUGUGCAAGAGCACAGCAAAGAUAUGAAGGGAAAGUCAUUGGAAUCACUGGUAGGUCUGAUAGACACAAGCAAGUGGAGCCUCAGACUAAAAAAGACACCGAAAUUAGUAGUUCUCCCAAAAGUAAUGAAAAACAGAGUGAAGAUAUCCUUGAACAAAGGUGUGGAGGUCAAAAAGAACGUAAAACCAGCAAGGAAGCUGACUGAGGAAACAGUAAAACCAGUUACAUCAGGAAAAGUCAAAGUUAAAUUAAAACACAACGUUCAAAAUGGUGCUAGAAAAACAACAUUGUCUUCAAUAUUGAAGAAAAAUAAUGAAUCCAAACAAAAACUGCUAACAGACUUUAAGAAUUUUAGUGGUGUCGAAAGAUUAAACGGUAAAAAAGUUCCUAAGAAAAAGAUUAAAACAGAAAAGUCUAAAUCCCCUAAAAGAAAAUCAGUCGAGGGACCUGUGGAAAAUAGAGAGUCUAAAAGGCUGAAAUUAAGUCCAUUACAGAAUGGGAUUCAUAAAAAGGAAGCUUUGCCCCCUGCACACACAAAUUUGAAAAAGAAAACACCAGAAAACUCGCCUGAACAUAGAAAUGAAAGUUCGACUAAGAGGGAGAUUAAAAGAGAGGGAUUCAUUGUCAACCAUAUAACCUCCUCACAACAAAGUAAUGAUGCGACAGCUACCAAAGGUCGUAGUUCAAGGACAAGCAGUAGGAAAUCCUCGGCUACUUGUGUUGAACAGCAGAAACCUAAGAGUUUAGUUAACUUGGUAAUUAAAAAUGAGGAUUCUAACACUCUUUGUACUCCGGUUGCAUAUGAAUCGUUGAACUCAGUCAACAUAAUAGACAGCCCGUCCUUAGAGGAAGAAGAAAGCCAGGAGUCGGAUGGACCAGUCGAUGAUUCCCAUCUGAAGGAGAUCUUCAUGGAAGUGAUCUUCGGUUCAACGCCCAGUCCUGCAGUAAUGUCUCCGGGGCGACCUGUCAGAAAUAAAUCCAGACCAAAGAGGGACAGUGAUUUCAUUUUAGGCAGUCAAAAGGAUUUUGAAAAAGAAGAUCAAGAUAUCAAGGUGACGUUUAGUAGGAAAAACUCAAAAUCUAGUGUUCCCAAAAUCGGCUCAGAGGCAAGUUCCAGCCCAAAGAAGUCAAAGUGAUCCUCAGCUAGACUUGGGAAAGUUAGGUAGUAGAUUACCUUACUAUCUUCAAGGGUAUGAUGUGAGUAAUUUAUUACCUUCAAAGAGAUUCCUUGACUUUUAAGUGGUAGUUUUCACAAAUAAGUUUUAUUAUUUUUUCGUACUGAAGAGCGUCGGAGAAACUUAUUUUUCAAGUCAGGUUGUUUUGUGAUUGGUUUAUUUGGUUUGUUGUGAUAGCAUUGUAUCUUGUAAUCAUGUUGAGAAACUCUAUUUUUCUUACAUAUGUUUCGCAUUUAAAUAUAAUAUUAAGUGAUAAUUUAUUUCUAUAUCAGUGAGAAAUGCUUCAUUGUUUUGUUCAAUCAUGUAAAUAUUGUUGAAACUAGCAUUUAUUAUCAAUGGCACCGAAGAUGGUUAAUCGAGAAAGUUUGAGUUGAUUAGGAGUUAAUUUUGAUAACAGAAAUAUUUGAGCUAUUACUUUUCAACAUAUUUAGAAUCAGUGAGAAAUGCUUCCUUGUUUUUUUCGAUCCUGUAGAUAUUGUUAAAACUAGCAUUUAUUAUCAAUGGCCGCAAAGAUUGUAAAUCAAGAAAGUUUAAGUUGUCCGAUUUGGAGUUUGUUUAGAUAACAGAUAUUAUUGAGCUCUUGUAACUGUAUUUUGAUAGUUUUUAUUUACAAUUUUAUUGAACCCAACACUAAGUUCAAUAUGAAACUUCACUGGAUUUUACUGGACCAAAUAAGUUGCUUUUGUAACAUUUUUAGUUAAAUCAAAUAAAAUAUUAAAUUAGCAUUUUUCCUAUUGUAGAUGAAACUCCAGUUGUAAAUUGUAAAUUUUGACUUUUGUUCUGUUACGAAACAAAAUAGUUCCUGGAGUGUAAGCAAUAUGUUGUUAUAUGAGAAGGCGUCUUUCUUUGUAAAUUGUAAAUCAUUUGUUUGUGAUAUUAUAUUAGUCACUACCAAGUACCAGCUGGAUUGUCCGGAGAUGAUAACUCUGUGAGUCUGUACCAGAGUCAGUUGUAACAUUCUGUAGUUAUUGUAAAUUAUAAACUCUGUAAAUACUGGUCAACCAAGUAUCUUUUGGUAGUUUUCCUUAAUAUGUGAUUCAUUUAAGCCAGAAUUAAUUUAAUUGUUCUAGUUAAAAACAAUUUAUAAUAAUAAACUGGAUGUUGGUAAAUG